CGGCGCUGCAUUUUGUGUCCUGUGUUCAUCGCUAGAUGGCAGAAGAAGUCAAUUUUUCAAGGGGAUUAACGAGGUUGUAUAUCGUGCUGCUGCAGCCUGGAUUAUUUUGUAAUAUUACAUCACGUAAAAACCAUGAAAUGGCAUUCAAAAGCAAAGCGGUCGAGUCCAAGACCGUGUUCUUCAAUCUCCUGCUAUGUCUGGUCAUAUUUUACUCUCUUUUUUACAUGAUUGGGAGUGUGUGCUUCGGUGCCUUCAGGUUGGAUAAUUUUGACGGAUUGAUUCCAUUUGACUUUAAGACCGAACCCGCUGAAUCCAACUCCAAAUACUUGGUAAACCUCCUAUCACUGGAGCUCACUUACUUUUGCAGCGGCCUUUUGUUUGCUGCAGUGGUGAAGAGGCGGGUAUGGGACUAUGCCCUCACAGUCACACUUCUGCAUGUUAUUAUCACCAGCCUAGUGAUGUUGGAGUUUCCAACGGUGUGGCAGUGGUGGCUGGCUCUAGGAAGCGGCUUGUUUCUGAUGAUCUGCAACGGUCAGCUGAUAGCUUACUUCACCUGCAAAAGUGACCAGAGCUACGCCUCCUUCAGCAUGUACUGACAGACAGAAAGCUAUGAACUUUUUCAUAAACAGUCUUGUGAAGUGAGGUGGAAUAAUCAAACCAGACAUCUCAUCAUGGAGACCACGAUGAGAUUCUCCAUCGUGCGCGGCUUUUGUUUUUUGUUACUAUGAAAAGACAUGACUUCCUCACCAUCACGCUUAAGGACAGAGC